AUGAAGCCAUCACUGUUCUUCUUCACUAGCUUGGUGACAGGGGCCUUUUCUGCCCAUUCUGGCUCCCAUCUUCACCUUCACGUCUCCCACCGAGCACGCACAUCAGAAGCAAUAGACGCUAGAGAUGACCAAGGUCUUGACAAAUGGCUUGCAGCCAACAAGCGAGCGCCCCCCAGCGCCCUCACGGCAUGCCCUCUGUCCUGUCACGGAACCGGUAAUAGCAGCUCAGGGGCCGGAUGGUUCUUGUUUCCCGAUGCGUCAAGGCUCGCUGCGUGCAACGAGACCAUGCUGCUCAACUUUGUCGUCCAAAAUGAAGUUGAUGGUGCCAGUAGUCAUGGGCCCAAAAUGGGCAUCAGGGCAUGCACAGCCGACUAUAGCUCGGCCACGCAGGCGGCCUACGAGCCACAUGAUGAAAGGGCAGCUCUUUGCCCAACCCCCAAUCAUGCCCUCGUCGAAGCUUCCAUCAGAAUGUCCCAUUCUACCGCUGGGAUUGAUGAUGGCUUUGCCGUUCAGGAUUUGUUGUCUGCUGGCCACCAGAUUGUCAAUUAUUUCAGAUCACACAAGCCUUCCUGCGUGGAGAACGCCUUGGCUUUUGGGUACUCUCAAUCCGCCGUCGUGGGAGUGUUUGCCGGUGCGGAGGUCCACCAGCAUGGCGUGACCAGGGACGUUCUCAACAACUUGCUCGACUAUGCCGAGAAAAACUCGGUCUCCGAAACGACUGUCGUCCAGCUGUGUCAAGCCGAUGGCCGCGGCGCAGACUACGGCAUCGGUAUCAUUGUGAGCAGCGCAAAGCAUCUGCCCGUCGUCCAGGACGCCGUCAAGACCUGGGUAAAAGGACGAUGCGUCUCUGCGGCGGAUGGUGAUGAGGACUGGAUGACUGUAACUCUGCGCGUCCCUGCUCGUGUCAAGUCAAACUCAGAUGCCAUUGGGAAUAUGACGUUACCAACCGCGGCUGCCCACCUGAGGUCAAGAUCCCGGAUUGUUGCCCAGGCGGAGUGCCAGACAACCGCGGUCAAUCCUGGCGAUGGCUGCUGGGCUUUGGCCGACCGGUGCAAGAUCACCGACGCCAAAUUGAAAGAGUACAAUCCCCGUCCAAACUUUUGCAACACUCUUGUUGCCGGCGAGAAGGUCUGCUGCUCUUCCGGCACCUUGCCUGACACUGUCCCUCCUGGAAACUCGGACGGCACCUGCAAGACAAGACAGGUGAUAGGCGGCGACAUCUGCGACUCCCUGGCGUCCAAAUGCGGUCUGAGUCUGCAAGACUUUACCAAGGUGAACACUGAAGCCAAUCUGUGCGUGAACCUGAAAGCUGGACAGCAUGUAUGCUGCACGCGUGGCAAGCUGCCCGAUUUCAGGCCCAAGCCCAAUCCCGACGGAUCCUGCUCCACGUACACGACCAAGGCAGACGACGACUGUUUCGGCAUUGCCGCAGCUAAUGGCAUAACUGUUGCAGAUCUCGAAGAUUUCAACAAGAAUACGUGGGGCUGGAGCGGCUGCAGAAUUCUCCCCCUCAAGUUCAAGUUGUGUGUGAGCUCAGGAACACCGCCUAUGCCUGCCCCUGUUCCGAACGCUAUCUGUGGGCCGACUGUUCCCGGCACCAAAGAGCCAGCCAAAGGCGCCGAACUGUCCACGCUCAACCCGUGCCCCCUAAAGGUUUGCUGCAACGUGUGGGGUCAAUGCGGCACGACAGAUGAGUUUUGUACCGUGUCCAAGUCAGAGACUGGCGCUCCUGGCACUUCUGCGCCGGGCAAAAAUGGCUGCGUCAGUAACUGCGGCAGAGACAUUGUCAACAGCGGGCCGCCCAACCGGAAGAUCCAUGUAGCAUACUUUGAAGCCUGGAACCAUAAGCGCAAGUGCUUGACCAUGGAUGUCGGCCAGAUCGACACGGACAAGUAUACGCAUAUCCACUUCGCUUUCGCCGAUGUGACAAAGGACUUCAACGUCGACAUAAGCGCGGUUCAGGAGCAGUUUGAUCUCUUCAAAGGCAUGUCCGGGAUCAAGAAGAUUAUUUCUUUCGGCGGCUGGGACUUUAGUACUAUGCCUGGCACUUUCAACAUCCUUCGUGAAGCUAUCAAGCCUGCCAACCGGGAUAUCUUCCAGAAGAAUCUCAUUGCCUUUGUCAAUGAGCACAAUCUCGACGGUAUCGAGCUCGACUGGGAGUAUCCUGGAGCUCCUGACAUUCCCGACAUCCCCGCGGGUGACCCGGAGGCGGGUAUGGACUACUACUACUUGCUCUCCAACGUCAAAAAGGCAUUGGGCGGCUCCAAAUCAGUCUCCUUUGCAGCCCCGGCUUCCUAUCAUUAUCUCAAAUCUUUCCCUAUGGAGCAAAUGGGCAUCCAUCUCGACUAUAUCGUCUACAUGACCUACGAUCUCCACGGCCAGUGGGACUACGGCAACAAGUGGACUUCGUCCGGCUGUCCCAGCGGCAACUGUUUAAGGUCCCAUGUCAACGACACAGAGACCAACGAUGCCCUGUCGAUGAUCACCAAGGCUGGCGUGCCCUCUAGAAAGGUGGUUGUCGGUGUGGCCAGCUACGGCCGGUCGUUCAAGAUGGCCGAGGCCGGUUGCACUGGGCCAAUGUGCGAAUUCACCGGCACCUCGCGCAUAUCCAAUGCCGCAAAAGGACGCUGCACAGACACGGGCGGCUACAUCUCCAACGCGGAGAUUGCUGAGAUCAUCAACAGCGGCAAAGUCACCAAGCAGUGGACAGAUGUCGGCUCCAACUUCCUGGUCUACAACGACACCGAGUGGGUGGCAUAUAUGGACGAUGACAUGAAGGCUGCUCGUGCGAAGUUCUAUGAUUCGUACAACUUUGCUGGAACCACGGACUGGGCCGUUGACCUGCAGGAGUUUAACGAUGGCAGCGGUGGUGAUGACUACCCUGAUGAUUACGAACCCUACAUCGACACCAGCAUGUACCCAGAGUGUGUAACCAAGUACACUACCUUCAAGGAGCUCAACGACCACAAGGAUUCGAUCCCCGCUUACUGCAUGGAGCAAUACAUUUUCAAUGUCGAGGUCGCCGUCAUGGAAGCAGCCUUGGAAAAGUACAAGGACCUGGUCAACAAUGGCUACGACGAAAAGUUUAAAAUCUACGAAGGCUACGUCGACGAGCAAGUCCAGGACCAAAUCGACGCCUUCAUGGGCAGCGGCAAGGCGGACAAGUAG